AGUCAGAAAACGUUCCCUCAUAAAAACCCUUCAUCAACCUAAAUCUUUCUAUCAGCAAAAACCUCCAGUCCUCCACCCACGAAAUACUCCAAACCCCACCUCCAUCAGUGAAAACCUCCACCCACGAUACUCCAGAAAUUGAAGCCCGACCUCCAUCAACAAACUGAGGACGAAAUUGCUACGAAACUUUCAGACACAAUCGGCACCGCACGACCGUCUUCGGCACUCAAUUGGUUGAAAUCUUACUAUUGGGAUUCUCAGAAGAGUGCAAUUCCAUACCAUAGUGCAAAAGUGAAUUAUUCGUUGUUGGCAGCCUAAUCUGCUGCUGUUGGGUUUUGGGCUUCUGCCUAAGUGGAUGCCGGUGAAUUGAAGGCUAUUAGGGCAGCUUCAGCUAAUUUCGUUUACCUCGGUUGACUUAACUAGCUUAUUUUUUGUGUUUAGUUUUCUGUUAUUUUGAAUAGAUUUUAGGCUAGCUUUAUUCUUUUAAGCUUGCAGCUUGUUGCAGGCCUAAGUGGCAGUUUGAGCUUGUACAAACUUGAAAGCGCUUUUGAUUAAUAAUUUUUCUUUUUUGCCAAAAAAUAUUAUGGUGAUUUAUUUUCCUAUUUCAUUUUAAUAUUUGAAUUGUACUGUGACUCACCAUAAACCAAUUCUUUGUUAAGAAUUAUUAAUUUUUAUGGCUUCCGGAGAAGAUCAUCCUCCUUCUCAGGGGGAUACGCAGGAGAAGACGAAGAAAAACGCAACUCAUAAAAGGAGAGGGCCUACAACGGCGAAGUAUAUCAUGGAAGAUGAUGAUGGACCAUAUGCUCUUCAGUGGAGUGACGAUGGUUCUGCUAUUGGAGAAUUCAUGAAUAGGUACAUAGCCUAUACUGGGUCAAUUACUCGUUCAAAGGUCAAGAUUCACAUUACACACUGGAGAAUGGUUGUGAGGAAAUAAAGGAAAGAUUAUGGGUUUGUAUCAAGAAAUUAUUCUUGUGUGAUGAUAACAAGAAAGAAUUUGUGCUGAGGGAUUGCAAUAAAAGGUGGAAGGAUUUCAAGACCAGAUUGACGAUCGCUUAUUUCAAUUAAUGCACAAAAAAUGAAGUGGACAACCCACCAUGGCAGGAAUACGCAGGCAUUGAUGAGGAAGAUUGGAAAGUCUUUAAAGAGCAACGUGAAUCAGAUGAAUUCAAGGUUACCAGUGAAAGAAAUCGAGCUAACCAAGCCAAGAAUUUGUAUCCCCAUCACUUGGGUCGCGGUGGAUAUGGAAAACUAGAAGAACGGUUUGUCCAAGAGCAACUGAAAAAGGCCAUGUUGUCUGGUGCAUCUUCUUCAAAGGGUGUUGAAUCAGGUGAAACACCUGUAGUAACUCCAAGACCUCGUUAUGAAAGGUGGAUGGAUGGAAGAAAGGACAAGAACGGGAAUAUCCCUAAUGAGAAAACGAAAUUGGUUGUAGAGAAGCUCAUAAGUAUCCUUUUCAUAUUUCUCUUUAUAAUUUCUUAGUCUAUUCUGUUAACUGAGGUGUGAUGUGUGGCCCACCAAUUAAAUUUCCCUCCAUUUUUUCCUAACAUACGUUCAUUGUUUGACUUCUUCUCUGCCAUUCUUCUUCUUCUUUGAUUUGCAUGACUAAUCUGUUGCUAUUUGAUCUGCAUUUCAUGCUGCUGUUAUCUGAUCUGCAGUGUUUUUUUACUGAUCUACACUAAUCUGUUAUCUGAUCUGCACUGUUUUGCACUGAUCUUCUAUCAGAUCUGCACUGUUCUACACUGUUCUGCACUGUUCUGCACUUAUCUGAUCUGCACUCUUUUGCACUGAUAUGCUAUCUGAUCUGGACUAUUUUGCACUGAUCUGCACUAAUCUCUUGACUGAUCUGCACUGAUAUGCACUGAUCUGCACUGGCAGCACUGAUCUGCACUGACUGACCUGAAUGAUCUGUAGCUGUUGCUGACUCGUCUGUUUGAUAUGCACUGACUCAUCUAUCUGAUCUGCACUAACUGAUCUUCCUGACUGAUCUGUUGCCCUGUAAUAUUCCAAUAAAUUUUCACAAACAUUAGCUAAUCUAAGUUAAGACUCCUUGAACGUUUAAACUUUCCCCAAACCCAAUUCAUUUGCAGGAUUCCUUUAUUCAAAUCAACUGAAGUUAAUAAGUGUUUAGUUAGUGAAUUCAUAGAUUACAUAAUUCACUUUAUUAAAUCUUUUGUCUGAUUAUAUUGUUCCGUUUGCAAACAGAAUGAGCUAAGGGAAAAGGAAAAAUCAGGGGAGUUUGUUUCUCAUGGAAGCCAUGACAUUUUAACUGAAGCGCUUGGAAAUCCUGAGCAUGGAGGCCAUGUAAGGGGAGUGGGCGGAAAAGCAACGCUUACAUCAGUUUUUAAAAGAAAGAGGCGUUGUAAUCAAACAGAGGGUAUGCUUACAAUUAAACAAGUGGAAGAAAUUACAAAUUUCCUCACUGAACAAGUAAGGGAGCAGACAAGGGCUGAAAUGAGAGUUGUUACCCUUGAUGUCUUGAAAUCUUGUGGUAUACAAGUACGUAAAGAUUUGGAGGUUAAUAUGAUUGAUGUUCCCACUCGUAGUAGUUGUCAGUUUAUUGAUCCCGAUCCUUUCGCGAAUAGCUCUAAGGAACCAAUUCCUUGUGAUAUAUUAAUACUUGAAGAAAGCUCUGGAAUUCGAGUUGUGGCAACAGGUACAUUGUUGAAAAGCGUACCAGGGGAGCUUGUUCAUGGAGUUCCAUUACUUGAAGAUCAUGUCAAGAACUUGAUCGAUCAACCACCACCACCAAAGGAGAUUAGAAAUAAUCUAAUGGAGGGUAAGAAACUAGUUGACACCGGUUCAGCUGUUGAAUCUCGUUUUAAUAAUAAUGAAGAAGAACUCGCCCCCUUCCUUAUUGGCAAGGACAUGUUUUUGGCAUUGCCAAAUAGCUGCAAGCAAUUAUACAACUUGUAUAAGAAUCGAGAUGUUGAUUUCAGCGUUGAUGUCGAUUUCGAAGAGGAUAUCUUAUACUAUCCUGAUAAAGUUUCUUUUACUGCUUACGUGUUUGGUGAUGAUCUUAAAAAAUUACUGAACAUGGAAUACAUACGUACAUCUUGUGUGGAUAUCUGGAUAAGGUUUUUGCAAAACGAGAUCACGAAAAACAAGCUCCAAGAAGAAGUUGGAUUUUUUUGUCCGCAUAAGCUAGGGCUGGUUAAACUUCGUCCCAGUAUCCACACAAAAUAUGUGAAUCAUUCAAUUACCAAGCAAAGUACGAAGAAAUAUAUACUUGCCCCGGUCCGUCAAGAUAAAUAUCAUUGGAUGUUGGUUGUGAUUUGCCUUGAAAGAGGGGAAGCCUUUUUCUUUGAUUCCAUGGCUGAUGGGUCGUUAGAGAAUUCGCAUACCAAAGGCUCCUUGUCUGUCGCAUAUAGGACUUUAAUGAACAUGUACAAAGGAUCUCGGAAAACGAAUCUAACGUGGAAGGUGGUUAAGUGUCCUCGUUCUCAACAAGUUGGGCUAGUUGAGUCCGGCUAUUAUGUCAUGAAGUAUAUGGAUCAAAUAGUAUCGCUUGUAUCGAAAAAGGAACGUGAUUUUCAAAAGAAUUUCAAUCUGGAAGCAUAUACUCAAGAAAUUAUCGAUGAUGUUCGCGAAAGAUGGUGUAGAUUUUUCAUUGAUAAUUGUUUAUAGUUAAUUAAUUUCAGUUUGACACUUAGUUGACAUAAAAUUCUCAAAUUCAUGUCCAGGAUUUUCUAAUAUGUAAAAAUACAAUCAAAAGUAUUAUGUAUGACUUUUAUCAAUUUUUGAGAUUAUAUUGUA